AUGUUGAAUGCUAUACAUAUUUAUUGUAUUUCAAAUCAAGCGCCUAUACCUAUAAGUUUAAACAAUUUUUUAUAUAGAUAAAACUCAUCUGAGUCAUAUUUAAAAGUGGAGUAUACUUAUACACACAGUCAAGAAUGAAAAUCAAUUUUUGAAAUGGAAGUUGAUCCGCCAUUAGUAUAUCGUCGCAAAUCAUUCGAGUUUCAAGAUUUUGGAAAGUUUAAAAUCGUUUCAAGGGAUUUUAAAACGCAAUAUUGUAACACAUACAUUGCACGAUUAGCAGCGUUAAGAAAGCAUCUUAUACAAAAAGCAAAACUCAAAUGGGGUGAAUUUACAGAGAUUACAGUUGUUUAUAAAUUUCAGGUUAUUUUUCUAACUUAUGUUAUUUCAGCUCAGCACGAAAUUAUUACGCUCGUAGAACUUUCUGAAAGAAAUGAAAGUAAAAAUUGUAUCUUAAUAGGAACAUUAUAUAAACAUCAAGAAUUAAAGCCGUCAAUAUUACGCGAACUUAGCGAAGAACUACAAUUAGUAACUCAACCAGCUAGGACAAAUUAUGCAUCAUCUAAAGAUAUAUUGUAUUUGGAAGAUGAAGUAUUACGUAUUAAAUUGGUCGGUAAUCACGUGAACGUUAAAGAUGUAGUUACCGGUGUUAUUUGUGCUGUAUUGGGGCGGGAAUUGGAAAAUGGUGCAUUUUCAGUAAUAGAUUGGUGUUUACCAGGAUGUUGCCCAAAACCAUCAACAUGUAACCAGUUGCCAUCAAGAAAAGGAAAAAUUUUAAUAAUGUCAGGAUUAGAUUUAGUAAAUAAUACAGAAUCAUUAAGUUUAAGUCUCUUAUCUGAAUGGAUAACUGGAAUGAUCGGUUGUAAGGGAAAUCAGGAAGAAGUGGCAUCCAUUGUGUGUAUUAUUAUAGCAGGAAAUAUCAUAAGAGGAUCUGUGGAAACUCAUAAUCAUAAAGGAUAUUUUGAAAAUAAAACAUACGAGGAAAGUGUGUUCAAAAAAACUGCAAUGGCAACUCAUAAACUUGACAAUUUUCUUUGUCCUAUAGUACAAAAUUGCCCUGUAAUAUUAAUGCCUGGAGAGUUUGAUCCAACAUGUCAUACAAUACCUCAGCAGCCACUUCAUCCUUGCAUUUUGCCCCAAUGUGCUAGGUUUAAAAGCUUCUAUGGAGCAACUAAUCCAUGGAUUGGUAGUAUCAACUCUUGUAUUGUAGCUGGAUCUAGUGGUCAACCUAUUACAGAUAUUAUGAAAGUAGCUGAUAUUGCUAAUGUUUCACCAUUAACAUGGUUGGAACGUACAUUAGAUUGGCAACAUUAUGCACCAACUGGGCCAGACACUAUUCCAACUUAUCCAUGCGAUGAGGUUGAUCCAUUUAUUAUGACAGAGUGUCCUGAUGUAUAUUUUGCUGGUAACAUGGAUAAAUAUGAUACUAAACUAUUCACAGAGCAUAUAUCCACAGCAGAGGAAGGACAAAUGGUUAGGUUGAUAUGUGUUCCAAAAUUUUCUAAGACACAAACAGUUGUGUUAGUUGAUUUAGAGAAUUUAAAAUCUUGGCCUGUUUCUUUUGCUAUUGAUUAAUUUAAUACAUUCAAUUACUAUAUCUUAAAAUAUUGGUACAAACGGGGAACGAAGUAUAUAAUGAUGAGUUUGUAAAAGAAAUAAUGAAAGUUUCUUAUAUAUUAUUAACAGAAAUUGUACAUAGCAAAUAUAUUAUUUAUUCUAUAAAUAUAAUGGAUUUACUUGCUUGUAUGUACCUUCUUCAUAUUCAGUAGUUUUUUUUUAUGUACUGGGUAUAAUAUUCAUCAUGACGACCCACGUGGCUGUGCUCUUUGCAUGCUCUGGGGUGUCUGGGACCCCUCGAAAACAAAGGCAUAUCCAGUCUUCUUGUAUCUGUAGUCACUGCCUUAAAAUUUUUGUUAUGGUUUCUUGAGCGGACGAAGUGAUUGCAUUUUUAGUGAAUUAACUGAUUAUUAACAAAUUUCAAGAUUUUUUCGGGAUUUUCGAUAGUGAACAGCUACUGAUUUAUAUACAGUGAUCUACUGAUGUCAGUAUCGGGCAUAAAUAUUUAACUACAUACAAUACUUCCUGGAUCAUCCAGAGAUAUGACAUGUAACGUAACACAAAGAGAAGUCUACAACGGAAAAAUCAUUGCAGAAUGCCGGUAUGACUUCGUGGAUUGCCUCCUUUUCUUAUAUUAUAUUUAUUUCCAAUCUAAAUAACAAUAUAUUAAUGUAAUAAAUUUCAUUAUUUUCCUAAAUACAGUGGAUCUGCAGUGCUUAUGCAGAUGCUUUAAUGGAAUAAAAAAUCAAAUAAUAUCAUAAA